AUGCAUGUCAAAAUUCCUAUAUUCCUAAGCAAUGACAAAAGAAAAAUAUCUCUACGAAUUGACGAUGCAAAUCUAAAUAAAUAUAACCAAGCUAGAAGGCAUAUAAUUAAAGAUAAAGUAUUGACAGAUAGUAAUAAAAUACGCGAAGAUGACCAUGAACAAGACACUACAUUGAAACUUACAGAAAAUAAUGCUAGGAGACUUAUAAAUAACUUUUUAAAGUUACAUGAUACACUAGCAAGACGAAAUAAUGACCAUGAUAAUAUAGACAUGAGAGAAUUAAAUGCUAGAAGGAAUUUAGAACAUUCUGAUCAUAAUAAUUUAGAAGCGAAUGGAGGGCCAAGUUUUCUCUACAAUAUUAGAAGAUAUGCUAAUAAUAAUGAAGAAACAAAUCAUAAUUUCAGACGGGACAAUACAGAAAAUAAAGAUUUAAACGUCCAUAGACAAAACUUAGAACAUAACACAGAUGGUAGAAGACAAGGCUUAAUUCUACUAUCUCUGGAUGAAGACCAUUAUAAUAAUAACCGAAAUGAGAAUAUACAACAAAACUUUGAUGUUAAUGAUAAUGAAUUUAAAAACCUUAAUGAUAGACGACUACUAGGAUAUAUUCCAAAUAAAGAGAAGUAUCGACCCAACAUAAUUUUGUUAUCACUCAACAACCCAGAUUUAAAAGAAAUUAAUGCUCUUCUUCAUAAUAAUUACAUGGAAAAUAGAAGGAAUUUUCAACGAGUGAAAAGCCAAGGGCAUAGUUAUGCAGAGGCAAUACAGGAAAGCAAUUUAUUAAAUCAUUUAAAAAAGAUUCGACGCGGCAAAGCAAGGCGUGAUGAUAAAAAUGACGAAGAGGAAUUACGCUAUGAUUUGGAAGAUGACAGAUUGAUUUGGAAUAUUGAAUGA